UUUUGUAGAUAAAUGUGAGGAUUUUCUCUAAAUCCCUCUUCUGUUUGCUAAAUCUCACUGUCACUGCUAAAUUCAGAGCAGUUAGAGCCUGCGCAAUGGCAGAGUCCUCAGCGUUGAAGUGUGACAUUGCUCUCAGCAUCUCCCGUCUCUCUGCCUCACUAUUGCUGCUCCCCAAUUCAUUUCCAGACUUUUUUCCUCCAGAAGCAAUGGGAAAAAUCAGCAGUCUUCCAACUCAAUUAUUUAAGUGCUGCUUUUGUGAUUUCUUGAAGGGCAGGAUGCACGCGGUGUCCUCUUCCCACCUCUUCUACCUGGCCUUCUGCUUGCUCGUCCUCACCAGCUCGGCCACAGCUGGACCGGAGACGCUCUGCGGCGCUGAGCUGGUUGACGCGCUCCAGUUCGUGUGCGGAGAUAGGGGCUUCUAUUUCAACAAGCCCACGGGGUACGGCUCCAGCAGUCGGAGGGCACCACAGACCGGCAUCGUGGACGAGUGCUGUUUCCGGAGCUGCGACCUGCGGAGGCUGGAGAUGUACUGCGCGCCGCUCAAGCCCGCCAAGUCGGCCCGCUCCGUCCGCGCCCAGCGCCACACUGACAUGCCCAAGACGCAGAAGGAAGUACAUUUGAAGAAUGCAAGCAGGGGCAGUGCGGGAAACAAGAACUACAGGAUGUAGGAAGAAGCUCGGGAGGGUGAAGAACGACACGUCACCGCAACGUCCCUUCCUCCGCGCAAGUCACCUGUUAAACAUUGGAACGCCUCCCAAAAUAUAAGUUUGAUAAGGUUUCCAAGAUGGGCAUUUCCCCCAGUGAAAUAUACAAGUAAACAUUCCAACAUCGUCUUUAGGAGUGAUUGUUAUCAGCCUUGCACUUGCCAAACUGGUCCUGGAGUUGGUAGAUCGCUGUUGAUUCUUUAUCGAUCAUGUUCUAUCGAGAAAACUGUAUCCGUCUUAGUCCCCAACCCACAAGAGCCACAAUGCAUGGGUGUUAUUUAGAUCCAGUUGCACUAAAUUCCUCUCUGAAUCUUGGUCGCUGGAACCAGUUCAGCAAUCUGUGUAAGGGGUUGAUGAAAUGUUUCCUCAUUUGCACUUCUUCCUACGUAACACGGCUGUUGGUCUCACAGUAUCUAAUAAUCCUUGUCUCUCUCCACCACGCCCUCCAGAACAUUGCAAUUUGGCAAACGUGGCCUCCUCCAAAGCAAAGUAGCAAGUCACCCGCUGAGUUUAAUCUACCAGACUCCACCUGUGGCAUUUGUACCAAACAUAAGUUGAUGCAUUGAUUUUACACACAAAGCUUUAAUUUUUCCACAUCGUGCCACAUGCAUGCGCACACACACACAUGCGCACACACACACACACACACACACACACACACACACACACUAGUCGCACCUUUGAGGCCAAUCAUUUUUAGGUGUAUGCUCAAAUCACAGAAAGUCUCAAGUGGUUCCUUCGAAGGAUGAGUUAGUGUGCAACCUGAUUGUCUUCCUCUCCUUUUAUUUUUCCAUAUCGAGCACUAUGUAAAUUUAGCAUAUCAAUAAUACAGAUAAUACAGGAUAUAUCAAACCGUAUGUAAAA